AUGUCAUUUGGGUUACGCAACGCUGGCCAAACCUUCCAGCGUUUCAUCGAUGAGAUCUUGCGCGGACUAGACUUCGCUUUUCCCUACAUUGACGAUAUUUUGGUAUUCUCACGGGAUGCUGAAGAGCACGCCAAACACCUGCGCAUAAUCCUGCAAAGACUGGUGGACUAUGGCGUCGUUUUCAAUGUGGAUAAGUGCGUAUUGGGGACAUGUGAGGUAAUCUUCCUAGGUUAUAAGAUAACCAAGGAUGGUAUCUGCCCACCUGAAGAGAAGAUCGCUGCUCUCCGCGAGUUAUCGCUUCCCAAAACAGCUCAAGGUUUGAGACGCUUCCUGGGGAUGGGUUGUACACGGACGCCUCCAGCACUCAUGUCGGCGCUGCCUUACAGCAAAGGUCUGAUCAAGGCUGGCAGCCGUUGGCAUUCUUUAGCAAAAAGC